GGUUAUCCGGUUGGUGAGACAAUGGACGUCAGGCCAAUAAGGUAUUGCCUGUUUUAAGUUUUGCUCUCUAUGGAAAUCGGGGAAGAAGUAAAUCCCCCCCGUGACAUUCUGGCGUGGAUGAAGAGGAUGGGUUCAGCAGUAUUAAGGGGCUUUUUUAGCUCUUAUGUAGAUGUGAUCUGAAGUCACGUGAUUUCAGAUUGGAGACGCGUCUUUUUCCUUCUGAAAGUAGGUGAAUGUGUUGAGCCGAAUUCCGUGACUGAUUUCAAAGGCAAAAGAUGCCGGUUGGAAGCUGUUGUCCGUUGAUUGAGGGAGUGUUCCUGAAAAAAGGAAGGACAGGCUCUUUUCGCAUGUUGCCUGUUUUCUCGCCAUGAAAGCUUUUCUCGGCAUGGGAAGCUGGCACUCAACCACCGCCGUUGCUCAAUUCUAUCUCGACCAUUAAAUGUUGCGAACCCUUAUGUGGGGUCGGCAUGAUGUGAUUGCUGAGAUGGAGCGGGUUGCACGAAUCGGGCGGGCCAAUGCAAAACUUGUUUUGCGAAAUGGACGGCUCGUAACAUGCAAUGCAUGCCCACUCACGCGACACGCUGCCCACAUGUCUCACAUUCUUGCUGCGUUAGGUACUUUGUCUUGACGAUAAUAGCACAAAAAAUCAAUGCAAAAGAUUCACUGUUUUGCCUAAAAGGAUUGGGUCAGGCGGAAAAAACCUCGGGCUGAGGUUUUCAGGGGCGAUUGCUCGAAACCAUUUAUGACUUUUAAAAUUAAAAAAAAAAAAUAUGCGACUUCUCGAAAUCAUUUAUAACUUUAAAAAUUAAAAAAGAAAAAAUGAGGAUACCUCACGUGGCUUCGAGCAGUUUGUCUCUCUCUCUCUUUCUUUUUAUUUAAGAAAAUUGUGUAAUUCUUAUUAACUUGAGGUGUUUGGCAUUGAAUGAAAGUCAAAUUUUAACAAUUCGAAAUGGAAAAGAAAAGAAAAAGACAAAAGAAAAGGGGGAAGUGCACUGAGUGAUGCCAAACCCCACCUGAACCGAAGAACAUGAAGGGGGAUCCUCAUCAAGCUAUGGCCAAAUUGGCAAAGAGACAGCAUAAUCCGCGAGGGGACACGAUCAUGGAUAUCUCAUGAAGGCAAGGACUAUCCCUCAACAGCACAAGAAAUGGAGGACAAGAAAGUAAUUCCAGUGAAGUCAAACCACCCUGGGGACCCGACCCGACCCGACCUGAGCCAACCGAAUCCAACUCAUAUACCGAAAAACAGCGGGCGGGGGUUAGUUGUUAGUUGUAAGCCACACCCGCCUGCUCCUCCUAAUCCUUUCGGACAACACAAACCGAACGGCAUCCCCUCCUUCUCUCUCUCCCCCAUGACUCGCCACCGCUUCCUCGGCGCCGCCAACUCGUCGGCCGCCACCGCCCCGCCCCCCGCCGCCCCGGACCCCGUCGCCGUCGACUCCGACUUCGUGGUCAUCCUCGCCGCCCUCCUCUGCGCCCUCAUAUGCGUCCUCGGCCUCAUCGCCGUCGCUCGCUGCGCCUGGCUCCGCCGCCUCUCCUCCUCUCCUCCGGCGGCGCCCUCCUCCUUCCUCGCCGCCCCCGCCGCCUCCUCCAAGGCCAACAAGGGCCUCAAGAAGAAGGUCCUCCGCUCCCUCCCCAAGCUCACCGUCACCCCCGACGCCGCCGACCGGUACUCCGACUGCACCAUCUGCCUCCUCGAGUUCGCCGACGGGGACGAAAUCCGGGUGCUGCCCCACUGCGGGCACGCGUUCCACGUGUCCUGCAUCGACCCCUGGCUCGGAUCGCACUCCUCCUGCCCGUCCUGCCGCCGGAUUCUGGUCGCCGCGGCCGCCGCGUGCGACAAGUGCGGCAGUUUGCCGGCCGCGACCCCGAGCUCGAGCUCGGCCUCGGCCUCGGCCUCAGGCACAGCCGAGGCGGAGUCCAGAAUGAAGCAAAGAGAAGAUCAGGACAGCAGAUUUUUGCCGUAACACGAAUUCUCUCCCCGCGGAGGCCUUUCCUCCCUCUUUUUCUUAGAUUUGCUUAGCUCUUAGUAUGAAGAUGAUGUUCAUUGAUCUCAGUAUACCUUAGGUUAGCGUGAGAUGGUCACAGGACUCAUCACAUCACGCCUGGAAAAUGGUUGAAUCCCAAAGCUUAAUUUCAAUGAAAAAAUUCAUGAGAUUAGGUGCUUU